AAUAUUGUAAAGGUCACAGGUGUCUGAGUUGCAAGUUUUCUCACAAACACUCCUGAACGCGUUUUCCACACUUUAACAAACCGACCCUUUAAUUCCAGUGGCUGUUACUUGUUAGAAGUAAUCUUCCUAAACACUGUCAUCAAUUUACGUUAAGAGAGAUUAGAUUCGUUUUUUUUUUUCCCCUGGAAAGUUCUCAUGAUCAGAGCAGCUACAUUCUUGGUAUUGUUUUUUUUUUUUUUUUGGCGGUGCGCUUUUCUCUGCUGGAAAUCAUUUGGUUUUGCAAACUCCUUGAUGUAGCAGAAGCCUGUGUCAAAAAGAGUACGGUAGAUGUACAUUUAAAACACUAAGUGGAAACAAGCAAACGAGCGCAACAAAAACCGAGAAAAAAAAAUGUGGAAGAUCAACAAAAGUAAAGUACUGCUAGACAAUACUUCGGAGGAGGAAAAUAAUACGUUACAGCAACAGACAUGUAAGAAUAAAGACACAGCUGUUGAAGAGGAAACCACCAGCCCUGUUUCACAGCUUGCUUCUAAGGUUCAGGGUGCAAGUUUUAGGGGUUGGAAGGAAAUGACCUCCUUGUUCAGUAAAGAUGAUGAACACCAGUUGUUGACGGGAAGUAAACCAACAAAAGUAAAAGGGCCAGGCACAAAAAAGUGUAAAGAAGUAGUCAAAAGUGAAAGGCGUUCUAGUUUCUGGGACAGCGUGGGUAUAAAACAGAUAUCACCUACCAAGAAACCAAAUGAGAUUGAAGGGUGGGAACCUCCACACAUAACUGAAGAGGACACUGCUAAAGACAAUUGCAGCAAUUUAAAUGACUCUGCUUCCUGGCCUGGUUGGGAGGAUGAAACAAGAGCUUCUUCUAAAUACACAAACUUGGCUGCAUCGGGAAACCUUGGCUCUAGGUGGAGUAUAAAAUCUGCAGGGAAGCUGGUUGGCAUGAGGAAACGAAGCAAAGGAAAUCUUACUGAUAACUGGGAAGAACUAGAAUAAACUACUGCCGAUUAGAAUUCCAAUUUCAACACCUGCUAAUGUUGACUUGUUGUUUAUUUUUUCUUUUAACAUUCACAAUUUAUAUGGAUACAGCAAGGUUCAAUCUUGGUAGUAUAUUUUUUACAUACAUAGUGUUGCAAGCUUUAAAAGAUAAACUAUAUAAAUGCAGAAUUCACAAAAUGCCUUAUGUCCUGUUAAGUACUGCAUUUCAAUUUGACUAGUUUAAGCAUUUUUGUAAGUGAAAUUGCUGUAGCUCAAAAUAGAUUUGAUCACACAUAUUUGCCAAUGUGGAAAUGCUGAAAGUGUGUGGAAAUUAAAGUCUUAACUAAACACACGCACCUACGAAUAAACUUGUAUAGUGUGUUUUCUGUUUGUUGGCUGUCAUGACCUGAUGCCUUAACUCAUUUCAAUAUGAAAUGAUCAUUUUACUUGUUUUAUUUAAA